AUUAGAUAAAGACUUUGAUACAUUGUAAUUUACUUUUUAAUUUGAAUGAAAUAUUAAAGAAAUUACGAAAUCCUCAUAUAAGUGUAACAUAAACAGUAAAAAUAAGUAUUAAUUAUAUUCUUAAUAAGAUACGAGUUUGUUUGACGAAUUCAGCCAUGAUAACAAUAUAACGAAUCAUAUAAAACUAGGAUUUAAAUAUUUUCACACGGGUUUAAAAAAAUACUUAUUUUUCCCCUAAAUAAAAAUUUUUAUCAGUACACUUAUCAUGGAAGACGAUAUCAAACUCUUAAAAAAGAGCCUGGGUGAUGACCUUAAGAUCAAAUCUCCAAAGGAUGGGCAUCCUAAGGACCCAGAAUUUCUAGUCCAAAUAGACUUUCAUGGGCUGACCGUUGAACAGGCAGAACCGGUCCUGCAACGUUUCAAAGAUUCCGAAAAGCUACUUAAAAAAGCUGCAUGUGUGAGAUUCAUUACCGGACAUGCGAGAAGUCGAGAAACUGAAUCGAAAUUGAAGCCUCUGGUGUCGAAAUUUUUAAACACCAACUAUAGGAGAGCUGCCGGUAAAAAAGUAGAUGAAAAAGCAAAGGGUCAUAUCGACUUAAUGAUAACGAGGAGUAAUGGUCAGAAAAAUAAGAACAGUACCCAGUCUACUACCAGCAGCGAAUCAAGAAAGAAUCAAGGAGCAGGAAAAUCAUCAUCACGCUCCGGAAAUCGAGCUGACCGGCAUCACAUUGAGUUAUAGUGUUACGCGUCAGUCCAUAGCACACAGUUCGCAGCAAUUCACAGCAUUCGUUUUUAUAUCGAAGCGAGCGAUUCUUUGUUCAAUCAAGUAUUUGUGUUUUUUUUCAAUUUUCACUAUAUAUUUAAAAAAAUGUUUAUAUAUUAUAUAAUUUAUUAAGUAAGACAUAUCUUAUUGGGUUUUUUAUAAAUUAG